GCGGUGGUGGACGACUCGCUGCUGUCGAGGCUGAGCCACAAGCUGCUGAUGGCGUCGUUCCACGUGGAGGCGCAGCGCGGCGAGCAGGACCUCUACCGCUGCAUCACGCUGUCCCCCAGGGGCGCCGCCGUCUCCAAUUUCGGGGAACUCAUCGUCAGAGUGCCUCCGACACCGAUAGCCCCCCCCCAGCUGCUGCGGGCGGGCCCCACCUAUCUGAUCAUCCAGCUCAACACCAACUCCAUCGUGGGGGACGGACCGGUCAUCCGGCGGGAGAUCCAGUACCGGGCCAGCCAGUCCACGUGGACGGAGACUCACGGCGUGGGCUCGCUCACCUACAAGAUCUGGCACCUGGAGCCGGACACCGAGUACCGCAUCAGCGUCCUGCUCACCCGGCCCGGGGACGGGGGCACAGGGGCGCCGGGACCCCCCCUCACGAGCAGGACCAAGUGUGCAGAGCCCAUGCGGGCCCUGCGGGGUCUGACGGCCGCCGAGAUCCAGCCCCGGCAGCUGGCCCUUCAGUGGGAGCCGCUGGGCUACAACCUGACCCGCUGUCACACCUACUCGCUGUCCCUGUGCUACCGCUACUCCGUGCCGACGGGGGGGGGCGGCGGCGGCGGGAACAACGCCACCGUCCGGGAGUGCCUGUCCGUGGACCGCAACACCUCCCACUUCAGCCUGAGGGACCUGCCGCCCUUCCGCGCGGUCCACGUCCGGCUGGCGCUGGCCAACCCCGAGGGCAAGAAGGAGAGCCGGGAGGUCACCUUCCAGACGGAGGAGGACAUCCCCGGCGGCAUCGCUCCGGAGUCCCUGACCUUCACGCCGCUCGACGACAUGAUCUUCCUCAAGUGGGAGGAGCCCGUCGAGCCCAACGGCCUCAUCGCGCAGUACGAGAUCAGCUACCAGAGCAUCGAGUCGUCGGACCCGGGCAUCAACGUGCCAGGCCCCCGCCGCACCGUGUCCAAGCUGAGGAACGAGACCUACCACAUGUUCUCCGGCCUGCACCCCGGGACCACCUACCUGGUGUCGGUCCGAGCCCGCACCGCCAAGGGGUUCGGCCAGACGGCGCUCACCGAGAUCACCACCAACAUCUCCGCCCCCGUGUUUGACUACGAAGACGUCCCGUCUCCGCUGAGCGAGUCGGAGAGCACCAUCACCGUGCUGCUGCGCCCUGCGCUGGCGAGAGGCGCUCCGGUCAGUGCCUACCAGGUGGUGGUGGUGGAGGAGGACGGUUCCCGCCAGGUGAGGAGGAGGGAGCUGGGCGCCGUCGACUGCUUCCCGGCCCCGAGGCCCCACGGCGAGGCGGCGGCGGCGGCCAGAGGCGCGGGGGGGCCCCCGCACUACUACACGGCCGAGCUGGCCCCCAGCAGCCUGCCCGAGGCCACGCCCUUCACCGUGGGCGACAACCACACCUACAACGGCUACUGGAACAGCCCCCUGGACCCCACCAAGAACUACCUCGUCUACUUCCAGGCCACCAGCAACUUCAGAGGGGAGACCAGAAUCAACUGCAUUCGGAUCGCUCGCAAAGCGGCCUGCAAGGACUCCAAGCGAGCUCUGGAGGUGUCCCAGCACGCCGAGGACAUGGGGCUGAUCCUCGGGGCCUGCGCCGGCGGCCUGGCGGUCCUCGUCCUGCUUCUCGGCGCCAUCGUCGUCAUCGUCAAGAAGGGAAGGGACUUCUAUUCUUACCCUUACUAUCCUAGGAAGAAGGUGGCCGUGAACAAGGCCGCCAUGUCCUACAGGCAGGAGAAGAGCCGCAAGCUGAGCUCUUUGGACUGCAGCAUGACCGAGCAGAGCACCCUCCAGCAGGACGAGAGGAUGGCCCACUCCUUCAUGGACGCCCACGGCUGCAACGCUCGAAAUGAACAGCGCAGCUCCGUCAACGAGUCCAGCAGCCUGCUGGGGGGCUCGCCCCACCGCCACUGUCGAAGGAAGAGCUCGCCUUACCACACGGGCCAGCUGCACCCCGCAGUGAGGGUGGCCGACCUCCUGCAGCACAUCAACCAGAUGAAGACGGCCGAAGGCUACGGCUUCAAACAAGAGUACGAGAGUUUCUUUGAUGGCUGGGACGUCACAAAAAAGAAGGACAAGACCAAAGGAAGGCACGACAGCCUGCUGAACCACGAUCGACAUCGAGUGAAGCUCCACUCGCUGCUGGCCGACCCCGGCUCCGAUUACGUCAACGCCAACUACAUAGACAUUCGGAUAAACAGGGAAGGCUACCAGCGAUCGAACCACUUCAUCGCCACACAGGGCCCCAAGCAGGAGAUGAUCUACGACUUCUGGCGGAUGGUGUGGCAGGAGAACUGCUUCAGUAUCGUCAUGAUCACCAAGCUGGUGGAAGUGGGCAGGAUGAAGUGCUGCAAGUACUGGCCGGACGACACGGAGCUCUACGGCGACAUUAAGAUAACGCUGCUGAAGACGGAGACGCUGGCAGAGUACACCGUGCGCACCUUCGCCAUGGAAAGGAGAGGUUACCCUGCCAAACACGAGGUGUGCCAGUUCCACUUCACCUCUUGGCCCGAGCACGGCGUGCCGUACCACGCCACCGGGCUGCUGUCUUUCCUGCGCCGGGUCAAGGCCUCGACACCCCCCGACGGAGGGCCUGUGGUGGUCCACUGCAGCAUGGGGGCGGGCAGGACCGGCUGCUACAUUGUGCUGGACGUCAUGCUGGAUAUGGCCGAGUGUGAAGGAGUGGUGGACAUCUACAACUGCGUCAAGACGCUCUGCUCCCGGCGCAUCAACAUGAUUCAGACAGAGGAGCAGUACGUCUUCAUCCACGACGCCAUCCUGGAGGCCUGUCUGUGCGGAGAGACGGCCGUCCCGGUCAACGAGUUUGCCCUCACCUACAAGGAGAUGCUGAAGGUCGACUCUCAGAGCAACACCUCGCAGCUCCGGGAGGAGUUUCAGACCCUGAACUCGGUGACCCCUCACCUGGACGUGGAGGAGUGCAGCAUCUCCCUGAUGCCGAGGAACCGCGAGAAGAACCGCAGCAUGGACGUCCUGCCCCCGGACCGCUCCCUGGCCUUCCUGGUCACCACCGAGGGGGAGAGCAGCAACUACAUCAACGCCGCGCUCGCCGACAGCUUCCUGCGGCCGGCCGCCUUCGUGGUGACGCCGCACCCGCUGCCCGGCACCACCACCGACUUCUGGAGGCUGCUGUACGACUACGGCUGCACCUCGGUGGUGAUGCUGAACCAGCUGAACCAGUCCAACUCUGCCUGGCCUUGCCUGCAAUAUUGGCCCGAGCCGGGGCUGCAGCAGUUCGGGCCGAUGACGGUGGAGCUUCUCUCCAGGACUGCCGACGACGACAUCAUCAUCCGUCUCUUCCGGGUCCAGAACAUCACUCGGAUUCAAGAAGGCCAGCUGGUGGUGCGUCACUUCCAGUUCCUGCGCUGGUCCCCGUACCGAGACGUGCCCGACUCCAAGAAGGCCUUCCUCAGCCUCCUGGCUCAGGUUCACAACUGGCAGAUGGAGUGUGGAGAGGGACGCACCAUCGUGCACUGCCUAAAUGGCGGCGGGCGGAGCGGUACCUUCUGUGCCAGCACCAUGAUCCUGGAGAUGAUCCGUCACCACAGCAUGGUGGACGUGUUCUUCGCUGCCAAGACGCUGCGCAACGCCAAGCCGAACAUGGUGGAGACAAUGGAGCAGUAUCGUUUCUGCUACGACCUGGCCCAGAAGUACCUGGACUGCCUGGAGGUCAGAUAGCACCAAUCCCUCACCACCGGGCCCCCUCUUCGAGGAAGAGGAGGAGGAGGAGAUCUGGAUCCUCCAUCCAGCACCCUGGAUCCGUGCUCCCGCCCCCCUGAGUCCAUGCACACAGCUCUGGGUUGCCCUCUCUUUGCCACGCCUGGAUGAAACGUUGCCCGCUGGACACAACAUACCACCGACAUCCUCUUUGCUCCCCCCCCACACCCCCUAAAGUUCAUUUUAUACACAAAGACCGACGCCUCGGCGACGGGGUUCAAAGAGCUCAGCUGUGUCCUGCCUUACAAACACUGCACGGGGACUACAGUUGAUGCCAACCACCACCACCACCGUGGGGGGGGGGGGUAUUUUGUGUUUGUCUGUGACACUGUAAAUGGUGCAAUCUGCUGUUGGUGAAACAUCCCAUGUCGUACUGUACUAUAUUUGAACUGUAUCGUGGGCGAGGCUGACGAGGUUUAGACCGGGGGGGCGGGGGGGGUCGAGAAAGGGAAUGAAGUCGGUCACACCCGAUGGACAUACGUGUACAGUAGAGUUGUCUUGGACCUAAUUUCUCUUUAUUUAUUUUCGGUGUAUAUAGAUGUUUAUUUCCCCCCCCCCCCCCCCCCUGGGGUGUUUCUAGAUGUUCUCGCCGUCAUAUCAAUGUGCCGAUUCCCCCUUUCUCUCUGUGUCUGUAAAUGGGAACCUCUUCAGCAUCUGCAUGCCCAGUCUUAAGUGUUUUCAUUGCAGUGUGUGUGGCCCAAGUCUGCUUCAGGAUGGAAUCUGCAACGCAAAUCCCUCCGCUAGAGAGAGAGAGAGAGAGAGAGAGAGAGAGUACGGCGGGGUUCAGUCGCUUUCUAAAUUUGUAUUUAUUCAAUGUGUUUUAUUUUCUAAACAGUGUAUAAAACCGGAAAAUAAAUAAAAUAUGGUGUUGCUUUAACAAA